CACAUUACUUCUGGACUUCGCCCUCUACACAUAAUAUGGGACUGGGAAUACUGCCCAAUCCCAUAUUCGACCUCAGCCAAAGGUUUAUAUGAUAAGGUCAGUAGCUUCUUCAAGGCGAAGAAUUAUGAAGUAUGUGGAUUUGAAGGCUUUGGAGAUACAAAUAAACUGAAUCAUUCGAAAUAUGAUGAACUACAAAAGGAAGGCAAAAUCAUAUUGCAUCAUAUCGAUAAAUCAGAAGCAAGGUUGACAUUCCUGCAAUCUCUUUGCGAUAUGUUACCUCCUUCUCCUCUCGUUAUCAUCACUGGAAAUCGAAAUUUUCUUGGGAUCUUUCAAGCUUUGAAAGAGAGGAAGUUCGGUAUUGGGUCAAACGUAAAAAACGGAAGGUGGGAGGUAAAAAAGAGAAAGGCCUUAAGGAUGAGAAGGGAGAGAGAAGCUGAGGCAGAAACCGCAUCGGGAGGAGGAGCACCUGAGGCCGAAGAAGGAGAAACAUCUGAAGAUAGAAAGAAGGCGAAAAUGGUUAAAAGCGAGAAUGAAGAAGAUGCAGAAAUGUGA